GUCAGCCUUAACGUCCUGCUCAGCUCUGAAUGUACACCCGUUCCGUAUUUACACACGGACUUUCAGGUUCUCGACAGGAAAGGAAAAGUCUACACGCAUCUUCAAGGUCUUAAGCUCUGGAAGCCCAUAUCAGGUAGCAGAGAUGCAACCCCCUCCUCGCAAUGUCCCUCCUGGAGCUUUUGGCCCACCUCCACCUUCCUCUGGUGGGCCAAAUGCAUUUAGGAGAGUUCGACCCCACAAGCAUGGAACAAUCGCUCCCAUGGCAGCACCUGCUCCACCUGCACAACCAAUGACUAACCCCUUUGCCUUUCCUGGGCAAGGCUUUCCACCACAGCCAGUGGGCAGCCAAGUUCCUCCUCCAAACAGUAGUCCUCUUCCUAUGCAAGGCCCUCCCCCAGCAUCUUUUAGCCAGGCUGCACCAAUUCAAGGCACAUCAUCAGGGACACCAGUGUCAUUUCUUGGUCCUUCACAUAAUUUUUCCACUCCUCAUUUCCAUCCUUCCGGACCUUCACCUCCAUCAAACUCGCCUCCUUCUGAACCCGGCUAUUUCAACUCCCAAGAAUCAAUGCCCUACAUUUCACAGUUGCCUAACUCCAAUCCUGCUUUCAGCACUGGCGUACUGUAUCCUCCUGCAGCCUCAACACCACCAGUUCAGAGUAACCCUCCAUCACAACCCACACCCCCUGCUCAUUCUCACUCGGUGCCAGAUCACAGAAGCCGACCCCCUUCAGUGCAGAACUAUUUCCAGCCAACCACUGAUCCACCUCAAUCAUUUUAUGCGCCUCCCCAGACACAAGCCCCACCUCUUAACCCGGCUUCCCAUCCUGGUCCACCUCAGCCGCACUCUCAGAAUCACGGUCAGUCCGCUUUACCUAAUAUGAGUUGGCCACCGAAUACCCAGCAACAGAGUUAUUUUAGUCAAACGGACAGAGCCGCAGAGCCAUGGUUUAGUCAGGUUCCACAAGACCCCUCACAGCAUGCCUCUUCCCUUCCGUACACUGUUCCAUCUGGUGACCCUGGAACAUUGUCUAUGUUCUUCAAGGGCAAUGAUGUAGAAAAUGAAGAGACUCUUUCUGGGGAGGGUCGUGUAAAUGGGAUCUCCCACCCUCCAAAUGAAAAGCCAGUAAAUGAAGCCCAUACACCAUUGUUAAAUGAUACUGGCAAAACUGGAGUGGCUGCAGGUUCAAGUGACUCUGUUGAGAAUCUGGAAUGUGUCCCAAACCAAGAAGUCCUACCUAAUAAAUCACCACCAAGCCAGUCUUAUGAGGCAGGACCAAACUUUGAGGCACCUGAUACUGCACAGCGCCCAGCACGUUCAGCAAGUGUCUCAUCAAGCUACAGCAAUGUCAGUCAUGGCAGUGGUCAUGCCUCUCAUAGUGGUGUCCAACCUCAUCGGCGGCAUCAGGGCGUCGUCGGAACGUUUAUCCAACAAGAAAGUCCUCGCCCCCCUGAUCGACCUGCAUCUCAUUCCUCAGCAGGUGGUUACUUUGAACAGAUAGAUUCUGCUCUCGCUUCAGAGCCGAGUCCCACAUUCCCCACACCUAGUCCUCCGAAACCAGUAGGAGUGUUCCAGGCGAGCGCUAACUCGUCUUUCGAGCCGGUGCGAUCACACGUCGGAGUCAGACCAGUCGAAGUUGACCGUGCUAGAAUGGUUAUGGAAAAGAAAGGAGUUGAUGUGUUGCCUGGAAACUUGGAGCAGCCUCCGGACAAUAUGGAAACGAUAUUCGUCCCAGGUGGACCGGAUCACAGGCCUUCGUCUCGAACCCAAGGACCACGACGAGCUUGUGAUAGUCCUGCUACAACUCUCUGGGCUCAGAGUGAUGCUGCUAAUCUUGGUGCUAAUAUUUUAUUAGCACCUGCAGCACCUCCUUUGGUGAAUGCCGUUGCUCCUGUGCGUCAGCCUAGUUCAGAGGUCAUCCAGCCACCAGAAGAUGGACCCUUGGAUUUGAAGCCUCCCAGGGUCUCACAGCCUCACUCUGAGAACCUUGAGAACCCGCCAGAUUCGGCGUCUCAGGCAAGUCAGGGCUAUGCUUCUUUGCUAGUGUCCACACCUCCUACAGAGGCUUUUAACCAACCUGUGAUGAUUGCACCACCUUCUUCCAGUUACAGCAUGGUUUCCUCUCAAAUCCCUGCACAUACGACUAGACAGAUAAGCCCCAAAGAAGCCACCUCACCUGUUCAGCCACCUUCUCAAGCCCUCGUGGAGAAUCAAUUACCACAGGUUCACCUAUUAACCAAUCAACCGCCUUCUCAGACACCAAUGAGCUUUUACCUGCCUUUUAGCCAGAGUCUAUUAAACCUGGCACAGGAUGCAACUACUGUCCAACCAGCCCGCCCUCCUGUUAUGAGAAGUCAAUCAGUGAGUAGUGAAAGUCAAGCUGUUCCUCCUCCCAAUUCCCAAAUUCAGUCUUCUGCUUCUGCCACCAAUCAGAACCAGCUUUCAAAUUUUCAGUUGCUUGACUUUUCUAUGCACCAACCACAGAGCACAAAUCAGACCUACUCUCACACAACUCCUUCUCAGGCUCCUCAGGCUCAAGUAAAUAACGCAGCUGGCUUCUACCUCCAGGUCACAAAGGAUGCACAGCAAAGUGCACGAUCUGAUAGUGAGCCUCCGUUCCAGCCACCAGCCCUGAAUCCCCCCAGGGUUCCUAGUAAUCAAUCUGCCAAUGAUCCCUCUCGCCCCAUGCACCCAGCCCAGCCAGGUUCAUCUCAACAUCAGCUUCCACCUCAAGUCACACCUGUUUCGCAGUCUGCCCCACAACCUGCAUAUCCUGCUCAGCCUGGAGGUUCUGUUGCUUCAAACGACCCCCAGCGUCCUCCAUCUGCAUCUAGUAGUCAGCAUGGUUAUGGUGGCCCACCUCCCAUGCCUCCUGGGCCUGGAUAUGGCAGUUACUACCCAGAAUACCAGGAUGGAAAGCCUGCCUACCCACCUCAGUUCCCACAAAUGGACCCAAGGGCUCAAAACUACUAUCAGGAGGAUCCGUAUCGAAGAGCUGAUCCCCGUUAUGGUCGUUACAAUGGACCAAACCCUGGUUAUCGGGAGCCAGAGCGACAACCAGAGAGGCCAAGUUCUAGGACUAGUCAGUACUCUGACCGACCCAACUCCAGUGGGAGGGAGGAAACCGGAGCUCCCGGAGGAAACCCACACAGACACGGGGAGAACAUGCAAACUCCGCAGGGGUAUCCUGAGGAUUUCUCGAGGUCUAACCGCAGUGCCUAUGAAGACUACUAUGCAAGCUAUUACAAGCAGUACAUGGAUCAAACCAGAUGGUAUGACCCCAAUGCUGUUUACGAUCCCCGGUAUCGUAGUUACUAUGACCAGGUCUACAACUGGUAUAACUAUGAUCCUGAGGCCUACAGGAGAGCUGAUCCUUACUACAGUCAGCAGUAUUCCAGCAGACGUGAAGGAUAUGAUGACCCUUGGCGUUACUACCCCGGCUAUGAUUCCAGCUUCGACGACGAAUACCGGCGAAGAGACGCCUACGGAGACGAGCUAGAUCGGCGGUCCGUGCACAGUGAGAGAUCGACACACAGCCGCCGCAGCAGCUUCAGCUCACGCUCCCAGCAGAGUCAGGUAUACAGAAGUCAGCCGGAUCUAGUUGCUGCGAGUUAUGAUGCCACAGCAGGCACAAUGCCAGUAGAUUAUUCCUACAGUCAGUUUCCUAACCAAUCAGAAGCUCCGAGCUACAGUCAGUAUGAUGCCACCGACAACACCUGGACUGCCCCUGAAGAAGCCCCUCCGAGGCCUCUGACUCCAGAGAAGUUUUCAGUUCCUCAUUGCUGUGCUAGAUUCGGUCCAUCAGGCCAACUGAUCUUUGUUCAGCCCAACUUGCCCUCAGCCGGACAGCCUGCUCUUGUCGAGCUCCAUAGCAUGGAGACAAUAAUGCAGGAUUCUCCUGAGCAGACUGAGUUACGAGCCUUCCCAGGACCGCUCUUUAAGGACGAGACACACAAGGUGGACGUCAUAAAGUUUGCCCAGAACAAAGCUCAGGAGUGCAUGCGCAGUGAUGACCUCAUCGACAAGGACUCUGCCUUCCUCAUCUGGGAGUUCAUCGUACUGCUUUGUCGACAGAAUGGGACUGUAGUAGGCACAGACAUCGCUGAUCUGCUGCUUAAGGAGCAUCGCUCUGUGUGGUUGCCGGGGAAAUCGCCCAACGAGGCGAACCUCAUCGACUUCAACAACGAGGCGCUAGACCAGCCGGAGGAGGAGCAAUCAGGGCCGCUGUCUCUCCUAUCGGACACCUUCAUGGGCGUGGCCGAAAACGUUGGCAAAGAGACCGAACGCUUCCGAGAGCUCCUGCUGUUCGGCAGGAAAAAGGAUGCUCUCGAAGCUGCUAUGAAGAACGGGCUUUGGGGUCAUGCUCUGCUCCUGGCCAGUAAAAUGGACAACAGAACACAUGCAAAAGUCAUGACAAGGUUUGCCAACAGUCUUCCCAUUAACGAUCCACUGCAGACGGUCUACCAGCUCAUGUCAGGCAGAAUGCCUGCUGCUGCCACGUGUUGUGGGGAUGAGAAAUGGGGGGACUGGCGCCCCCAUCUGGCUAUGGUGCUCUCCAACCUCACUCACACCCUGGAACUGGAUACACGCACCAUAACAACAAUGGGAGACACACUAGCUUCCAAAGGUCUGGUCGAUGCUUCUCAUUUCUGUUACUUGAUGGCUCAAGUGGGUUUUGGUGUCUACACCAAGAAGAGCACCAAGAUGGUUCUUAUUGGCUCCAACCACAGUUUUCCAUUUGUGAGGUUCUGUACUACAGAAGCUAUCCAGAGAACAGAAGCAUAUGAGUACGCCCAGUCUCUGGGUUCUCAUUCUUUGUCAAUGCCCAACUUUCAGGUGUUUAAGUUCAUCUACGCUUGCCGUCUGGCAGAAGCUGGACUUUGUGCUCAGGCCUUCCAUUACUGUGAGAUCAUUUCACGCGCAGUGCUGAUUUUACCUGACUGCUAUUCGUUCCUGUUCAUGAGUCAACUUAUACAGCUUUCUGAGCGACUGAGGUUUUUUGACCCCCAGCUUAAGGAGAAGCCAGAGCAAGAGCUCUUCCAGGAGCCGGACUGGUUACUACAUCUUAAAGGUCUCAGCAAUCAGGUUAAGGAUGGUGUGGCAACGACGCACAGAGGACGCAGCACUUCUCAGCAUUCUGUUUGUACUACAUCGAGCAUUGAGGAACAGUCCAGCCCAGCUGACCCUCACAACCCUCUAAUGACCUCCCUUAUGCCACCGACAGGCCAGCCCUCACAGGGGGUGCAGCUCAUGCCACCAGCCCCAACCACUGUUUUGCCAGAAGGUGCAGUCCCUUUCCACCAUGGCCCUCCUCCCAGUGAGGGUAUCCCGUUUUACCCACCAGCCUCUGUUCCACCCCAGCCUGGUUUUAUCCUUGAGAACCAGGAGUCGUACCAGCCCAUGCAAACCCAAAGUACCACUCUUCCACCUUCCAGCAUGCCUCCGCAAAUACCCCUUUACCAGCCUAUGGAAAUGCCCCCUCAGAUGAAUCCUCAGAUGAAUCUUCAGAUGAAUCCUCAGAUGAAUCCUCAAAUGAAUCCUCAGAUGAACCUUCAAAUGAAUCCUCAAAUGCCUGGAGUGGAAUCUACACCUACUCCACCCUCUCCACAGCAGUUUCCUCAGUCGUCACCCACUUCCUACGGUCCUGCUACUUCCCAAAUGGACUUCUAUGACAAUAUGGUAAAGAUGAGUACAGGAAGAAGAUCCAGAACCACAUCACAGUCAUCAGCACACAUGGCUCCUGGGCGUCGCUCUCGCGCUACAUCAGAGUCAUCCACUCAUUCAGGGGGACGAGACCGCAGCAACUCCAUAGCCAGUCUGGCUUCACCUCCUCCACCUCCAAUUCCAGAAGCUCCACCCCAGGAGGAGCCCAAGAAAACCAAAAGAGAGUCACCUAAAAAGGGGGGAGGUGGAGGCAUCUUAAGCUGGUUGUAUCGCAGAGGCAAAAACGAAGUUCACCUGCCAGAUGACACAGACAAAUCUAUUUUUUGGGAUAAUGAGAAAGGAAGAUGGGUGAAUCGGGAUGAACCAGAAGAGGAGGCUAAACCGCCUCCUCCUCCUCCCUCGAUGUUUCCAAAAGCGCCAAUGGGCGGUGCCGGGAUGGGACCUGGAAUGGGUGGGCCACCAGCUGGACCAGGGGCAGGACCCCCAGUUAAUAUCUUCUCCAGGAAAGCAGGCACUAAGCCUCGCUAUGUGGAUGUGAUGAAUCCGGGUCGUGGGUCUUCGAAACCAGCUCCUUCUGUCGCACCUCCUGCAGAUCUUUUUGCCCCUCUUGCACCCAUGGCUAUGCCCGCAAACCUCUUUGUUCCCUCUGCAGCACCAGUUGAGCAGCAGCCUUUGGAAGGAAGUGUUCCAGAAAACAGUGAUGGUACAGAACACACCCAGCCCAACGCAGCAGUUCCACAGAUGUUUAAUCCAACUCUCUUGCCUUCGGGCCUGGAGGGCACCCAGUCAGGAGAGCUCUCACGUUCUAGCUCAAUGAGUUCUUUAUCACGAGAAGUGAGUCAACAUUUAAACCAGCUGCCUGCCCAGGGAGCUCCGCCCUCAGGGGGUGUGACUUUCUACAACCCCUCACAGUUUGCACAGGCUGCUCCUCGUGCUCGUCCAGGCAGGUUGGGGCAGCGCGAGUACCCGACGAUGAAAUAAUGAAGUAGAUCUGUGGUUGCAGAUCUAGCUGUGUUCUUACAUCCAGUCAGACUGAAUUAUUGACCCAAGAUUGAAGAAUUGCUUGUGUCUGGCCUCCCAGUCUUCACCACCAACACAACGUUUGUGAAUUUUCCUCGACAAGGUGUAUGAUGUUCCGAACAGGGAAGAAAAAUCACCCUAACCCACACUAAAGUGCUACCCAUUUCCAUUUCUGUCCGAUCUCUUUUCUUUUCUUCCUCUUUUCCCUGUGUAUUGACUGGAAUGCUCUCGUGAGUGUGUUCUUUAAGUGCAAUAAUGAUGUGUAGCUUUGAGUCAGACGUCUCUAAUGGAUCCCAAGCGCGUGCGUUUCAGCCCCGUGUUUGUACCAGGGACGGGAGUGCCGACGGGACGUGGCCAGUGCAGGGUGUGCGGUCCUUCUGCCUGCUUUCAUCCGAGGGUCAUUGGAAGAUUUUAGAUAUUUAUUACGGCUUCCUGUUGGAACGAGAAGCGUUUAGACUAUAUUUUAUUUUUAAUCACAACUCCUCCCAGGCUGUACGUCCGAAUUAAUAUUUAUACAGUAGUAAGUGUGCGAUCAACAUCUGUCCCUAUUCUUUUGGAUCAGUCUUUAAUUUCUGUAUCUGGAUGCUUACUGUACCCAUUUAACCUAUUUUUCCAUAUUCUCUAACCCUUGUUGUAUUUUGAUUGCGUAACUCGUUCCAAUGGCAACAAUGAGGAUUUUUUUGUAAUUCCAAAGAAUUACUCUUACUCACUUUAAAGGAAGCCUGGAGUUUUCCAUUGUGUUUCAAAUCAACUGUAUAAUGAAGCAAAAGAAACAGUGAUACAAAUAAACAUAUUUUUGAGCUCUUUA